CCGCCCCUCCGCUUCCGGCAUCGGCGGUGCGGAGUCCCUGCUGCAGUUCUCUGUGUCCGGUCGGUAGGAUGGCGCCGGGCCGAUGCGGUCAUAGCACUGAGAGCAGACGGGCGCCAAGCCGUUCCACCGUCCCCCGAAGUUUAUCCCCAGUGGCGGGCGAUGGGGGAGGCCGAGCUUUCUGUUUCGUCUGCGUUCCCUGCUCCCUCGCAUCACAGAGGCGUGCGCCUCUGUCUUUCUAGGUCUCCCGCCCUGUUCCCGAGUGCCUGCUAGAGCGUCUUCUCACCGUUUUCUGUCACCCAGGGGCCCGGGGCGGGUAAGGGUGGGGAGAGAGGUAGAAAGGGAUGUAGCGUGACCGCGGAUGGAACUCGCGAGCUUGGGUGGCUCGCAGCACCGGAAGUGUUGGGGGGACGGAAAUGAGGGGGCGGAGCCAGGAAGUGAGGAGGGGCGGGGGUUUAUGAGGAGGCCAAGGGAGCUUUGGGGUAGAUUUGCACUCAGGGCCACCUGAGGGACUUGGGGGUAGCGCUCAGCUGUGUCCCCUCCCCUCUCAGGGACACGGUUGUUGUCUGGGAGUAGGGAACUCUGCGGAGGGGUGGGUUGUCGGGAGGACAUUUCUCUGGCUGCGCUUGAGGCAAGGUGUGUAGAGGCAGGGCUGGGGGUGGGGCUGGGUCGUCAGGGCGUCUGAGAGGGAAGACCUCCCCCGCCCCCCACCCCCCACCCCCCCACCGCCCGUCUACACUGGCUGACUCUGGACACUAAGAUGGCUGCCGUUGCCAUGGCACCCAACCCUGUGCAGACCCUUCAGGAGGAGGCGGUGUGCGCCAUCUGCCUCGAUUACUUCACGGACCCUGUGUCCAUCGGCUGCGGGCACAACUUCUGCCGAGUGUGUGUAACCCAGCUGUGGGGAGGGGAGGAUGAAGAGGACAGGGACGAGUUAGACCGGGAGGAGGAGGAGGAGGACGGAGAGGAGGAGGAAGUGGAGGCUGUGGGGGCCGGUGGGGGGUGGGACACCCCCAUGCGGGAUGAAGACUAUGAGGGUGACAUGGAGGAGGAAGUCGAGGAGGAAGAGGAGGGUGUGUUCUGGACCAGUGGCAUGGGCGGGUCCAACUGGGAAAACAUGGACUAUGUGUGGGAGGAGGAGGACGAGGAGGAAGACCUGGACUACUACUUGGGGAACGUGGAGGGGGACCUGAGGGGGGAGGAUGAGGAGGAUGAGGAGGAAGUGCUGGAGGAGGACGAGGAAGAGGAGCUAGAUCCCGUCACCCCACUGCCCCCGCCUCCAGCACCUCGGAGGUGCUUCACCUGCCCCCAGUGCCGCAAGAGCUUUCCCAGGCGGAGCUUCCGCCCCAACCUGCAGCUGGCUAACAUGGUCCAGGUGAUUCGGCAGAUGCACCCAGCCCCUGGUCGAGGGAGCCGUGGGAACGAGCAGGGCAUUUGUCCCAAACACCAAGAAGCCCUGAAGCUCUUUUGCGAGGUGGAUGAAGAAGCCAUCUGUGUGGUGUGCCGAGAAUCCAGGAGCCACAAACAGCACAGCGUGGUGCCAUUGGAGGAGGUGGUGCAGGAGUACAAGGCCAAACUGCAGGGGCAUGUGGAACCACUGAGGAAGCACUUAGAGGCUGUGCAGAAGAUGAAGGCCAAGGAGGAGAGGCGGGUGACAGAGUUGAAGAGCCAGAUGAAGUCAGAGCUGGCAGCUGUGGCCUCAGAAUUUGGGCGGCUGACACGGUUUCUGGCCGAAGAGCAGGCAGGGCUAGAGCGGCGCCUCCGAGAGAUGCACGAAGCUCAGCUGGGGCGCGCGGGAGCAGCGGCCAGCCGCCUCUCGGAGCAGGCUGCCCAGCUGAGCCGCCUGCUGGCUGAGGCCCAGGAGCGGAGCCAGCAGGGGGGCCUGCGGCUGCUCCAGGACAUCAAGGAGACUUUCAAUAGGUGUGAAGAGGUACAGCUGCAGCCCCCAGAGGUCUGGUCCCCUGACCCGUGUCAACCCCAUAGCCAUGACUUCCUGACAGACGCCAUCGUGAGGAAAAUGAGCCGGAUGUUCUGUCAGGCUGCCCGAGUGGACCUGACGCUGGACCCUGACACGGCUCACCCGGCCCUGAUGCUGUCCCCUGACCGCCGGGGGGUCCGCCUGGCAGAGCGGCGGCAGGAGGUUGCUGACCAUUCCAAGCGCUUCUCGGCAGACUGCUGUGUGCUGGGGGCCCAGGGCUUCCGCUCUGGCCGGCACUACUGGGAGGUAGAGGUGGGCGGGCGGCGGGGCUGGGCAGUGGGUGCUGCCCGUGAAUCAACCCAUCAUAAGGAGAAGGUGGGCUCUGGGGGGUCCUCUGUGGGCAGCGGUGAUGCCAGCUCCUCCUCUCGCCAUCACCACCGCCGCCGCCGUCUCCACCUGCCCCAGCAGCCCCUGCUCCAGCGGGAAGUGUGGUGUGUGGGCACCAAUGGCAAACGCUACCAGGCACAGAGCUCAACGGAGCAGACACUGCUGAGCCCAAGUGAGAAACCAAGGCGCUUUGGCGUGUACCUGGACUAUGAGGCCGGGCGCCUGGGCUUCUACAAUGCAGAGACUCUGGCUCAUGUGCACACCUUUUCGGCUGCCUUCCUGGGCGAGCGUGUCUUCCCUUUCUUUCGGGUGCUCUCCAAGGGUACCCGUAUCAAGCUCUGCCCUUGAUCAACCUGCCACCCGCAGGGGCCCCUCUGGUUAGCACUGGGGGGGCGGGUGGUGGUGGAAAGUAGCCCAUAAAUUUGGGAGCUCAAAGGCUCCUCUAUUUGUUACUGCAUUGCUUCCUGCUCCUCCUUGACCCCAGGCCCCUGCUUCGCCCUUAGGAGCCUAAUGAACUCCCCUAGCCUCCAGCUCAGUCUUCUCACCUACUGUUUGUCCAACAGUUCUGCAUGGGUCCCUGAUGAGAAGUUGCCUGGUCUUCUCUCCCUCCCUCUGCCCAGGGAUCUGAGUUUUUGAGUAGGGGAUGAGGGGAGGUUGUAAUCUCAUUAUAAACUUCCCUUUCCCCAUCCCUGUUCAACUCUCAUGUCAGUUCUGAGACUGGAGGAUUUGGGCAAGACUCAUGACAGCCCUCACUUCCAAUUCCAUUUUCUGAUGCAAAUUUUAGCUAAGGGAUUUGGAAGCUUUUUGGGGGGAAGCAGGCUGGGAAAAGGGUAGACCUGGAUAAUAAAGUCUACUCUCUGGGGGAAGUACGAAGGAUUCUAAUUUUUCUUCCAUCCCCAAUUUCUACCUCCAUAGACUGGCCAGAAUUUAGCUUCAGUGAGAGAUCUGGAAUGGUCGACAUGAUCAAAACUCCAUACAUCACAUCACCCAAUAAAUGAUUCCUCCCCCACUUCCUUUUUUUCAGCACUUAAUCUAGGAGCAAAGCUCCUCCCCUCCCCAAACCCUCAGGUCUUUCCACUGCCAGGCUCCUUUCCCUUUUGUUCAGUGGAGUUCCUUUUGUCAGGUUUCCAGCCUCUCUUCUUUGCUUAGUUCCCUCCAUUUGGUGAGCCCUGGAGGGGAGCCUGGGGACAGGGAUUUGAAUCCCUGGGAGGAGAGCCUUGGGCAGAAUCUAUUUUUCUAGUAACCCUUUGCCUUCUGUCACUUAUCAGCUUUUGUCCUCUGCUUUGAUGGCUGGGGUCAAUUUAUGCUCCUGGGGGAAAGGGAAGAUGGGUUGUGUUGCGGAAAUAAAAAGUUUAUUUGCUGCU